AGCCCGAUCGCGGGCUUCGUCGGAAUUACUAUAAAAAUGACGGAGUUGAUUUUUGCACAGCACAGUUCAGUCGAUUUCAUUGUUCCGUCAACAGGUUUUCAGUUUGAAAAUGGCAUUCAAGUUUGUAACCUUCCUCGCCCUGUUGGCAGUUGCCCGUGCCGGAGUCAUCUCUGGACCAGCGUUGUCGUACGCCGCCAGUCCCGCCCUAUCGUACUCGUCACCAAUUGCCAGAACCGUCGUUUCAGCUCCCAUCGCCAAGACCUUGAUUGCCGCUCCUCUGGCCAAGACCAUCGCCGCCGAUGAGUACGACCCGAACCCACAGUACUCCUUCUCAUACGGAAUCUCCGAUGGUUUGACCGGUGAUCAGAAGAGCCAACAGGAAUCCCGCAACGGAGAUAUCGUACAAGGAUCGUACUCCCUGGUUGAUCCCGAUGGUCUCCAGCGGACCGUCGAUUACACCUCGGAUCCACAAAACGGAUUCAACGCCGUUGUUCGUCGUGAACCCAUUGGAGUAAAGGCUGCUCCGGUUCUGGCCGCUAAGAGCCUAAUCGCCCAGCCAGCUUUGACCACUAAAACUCUGAUUGCUCAGCCUGCUUUGAGGACCUAUUCGGCUCCACUGGCAACGAAGAGCCUACUCUCUCAGCCUACUCUGAGCUACGCUGCACCACUGGCCUCCAGGAGCCUUUUGACCCAGCCAGCUCUCGCUUCGUAUGCUGCUCCUGCUUUGUAUUGAAAAAAAAAAAACCCGACUGACCCCGUUAUCGAAUGUUUGUUAACUUAGUUUUGUGAAAUAAAAAUUUUGAAUAGAUGAAAAGUCAUCCUAAAAACA